CGUGCGUCUCCCGGCGAAGAGAGCCAAGAUGUCUGGCACUGCCUCAUCGGCCAGUGCCGGCUCUGACGAUGAAAUCCGACUCCGGGUUGAAACCAUCUCGGGCGAGGUGAUUCAGCUCGUCGUGUCCAAACGCGAGACUGUCCUCAAAUUGAAAAACAGGAUUUUCAAAAAACAGGGCAUUCCCGUCGCCGAGCAAAACCUGAUGUUUUUGGAGGAGGAAUUAAAGGAUUUCCACACUCUGGAUGAAUACAACAUCAUCGAUUCCUGCACCAUCAAGCUCAGCAUCGGCAUGAAAGGAGGACCUAUUAACACCCGCCGGACCCUCUACCUCGACGACAAGAACACCAUUCAAGAAAUGGCCAAGAUGUUGGCGGCGCAUGAUAUCUCAGUUGUGCUGGUGCCUCACAACGGUGCUUUCCACGUAAUACCGGUAGCGUCCGAUAAACGCGACGGAGCUCAAAGCAGUGCUGAACGGAGGCAUUCCAUCCGACGUAGUGCUCACAGUGCUGAACUCAUGGAAGAACAGCAGCUACCGCACUCGUCCCAACAGCAAGCGGGCUCAGGAGGACGCAGGGUUGAAGAGAACAAAGCGACCAAGAGCAAGAUGGUCGCUCUACAGAAGCAGUUCAAAAAGAAACGCUCAGCUUUAGGACAGAUUCCCGCCUUGAUUCCCCGACAAGGCGGAUGUUGUGCCUCCAAUCUACAGAAGAGCAUCCUCUCCGACGCCAUGCCUCCUCUGGCAGCCGCCCCGAUGGCCUUGGUCGCGGCAGGUGGUGCAGGUGGCGAAGCUGCUGAACACCAGCAUAAAGUCGUGGUCCCUCGCCUCAUCACUUCGCAUCCCCACAUCUCACUAAACGAGCUCAAUUCAUCGCAGACUUUAACCCAAUUCUACACUGCAACGACGGCCACGGCCGACGGUGGCGGGGCGUUCGAGUCUUCAUCUAGCUACGCCUCGGGAGUCGAACGAAACGUGGUCUUCUAUCCAACUGCCGGUACCUCAGGAUCGGGGGGAUCGUCGUCUUCGGGCGGAGACGCGAUCUUCGUCAGUCCAUACAAGGGAUUGUUCAGGUGCACCGCAGAUACAACAGAGAACGCGUCCAAGGAAGACGUGUCGUCUGGGAGUGGUCGAUGCUCUUCGGCAGCGGCGGCACCUCCCCCUGCGGACAACUCGCCCACGGUGGUGGAGCGGCCCCAGUCUGUCAACCAGAGUCCAACAAGCACCACCAGUGCUCCAGGAUCUGCCGGUGCUUCCUCGACUUCAGGCCAGCUGAAUGGUGCGAGAGGACAGUUACUUAGCAGCCAAGCCACGCCGUCAACUCCACUUCAGUCUCAGACCGUCGACGAUACGGCCGCCACCGCGGCAGCCGCUGCUCCUGCAAAUAAGGAUGAGGUGAAAGUCGAGCACAGAGUCGAGGACGAAGUUCCUGAGCCGGAAGUCACAGUCCAAGAGGCGAAAGAGACGAGUACCGCAACGCCGCCUAAGAAGAAGCAUCCUCGGUGCCUUGUGUGCAACAAGAAGACCGGCCUAGCGUCGUCGUACACCUGCAGGUGCGGUGGAAACUUCUGCGCAACGCACCGUUAUGCAGAGGCGCACAACUGUGGACAUGAUUACAAAACCGAGGGCAGACAGCAGUUGGAAAGGAGCAAUCCUCUCAUUCAGGCGGCCAAAUUACAGAAGAUCUGAACGAGUGAUCGAACGCGCAUCCGCCACCUGCCGCUACCACCACCUUCCACCCCAGCUGUCAGUGUGUGUGAGUGUGCAAUACGACGAGUAGGAGACAAGACGCAGAAUCAUCUUGGUGGACGGCGUGCAGGUGGGAAGCUGGCAGGCGAUCCUGAAACACAUCCUGGACAACGAUUCCUCUUUUCUCAUCAUGCGAAGCGAUUGCCACAUUACAUCAUCAAAGCCGAAAAUCUACAGCGAUUCAACAUCGGACACCGCGGAAAAUUGAGACGAGGGAGAAAAACAAAAUUCUUAAGUGUGGAGCGUCGACUUAGCGUCAACUCUAUCCGCGAAUGCUAGGCAGACGCUCUCGGUGUUUUGUUGAUUUUGUGACAAAUUACUAUUACGACAAUGUUU